UCCAAGCCCAACCACCUUUCAAUUUCCUUCGUCUUCGACGUCCGUUCACAGUUUCCUCUGGAGAAUUCUUGUUCUGUUCGAGUAAUGGCGAAUCCAAUGCUUUCUCUCAAAACGGCGUUGAUAUCCACCGGUAUCAUUUCCGUCGCCAUCGUUUUCAAAGUUUCGCUUCCGUUGGUCUCAGAGCUGAUAACGUCUGGUAUUCCUUCAACUUACAGUUUGGUACUUUCUUUUCUUAGGCCUCCGUAUCUUUACCUUCUCAUCAACUGCAUCAUCAUCUCCAUCGUCGCCUCCUCCAAGCUCCAGCACAAAGCGGAAACUCAACAAAGUCCCUCGCCAGAGAUAGUUUUGCCGGCGGUCAAGGUUUCUAGCGAAGUGUAUAGUAGUGAGUAUAGUUAUGGAAGUGAUACAUCCGCAAGGGUUGUGGUGGCGGAGGAGAGUAAGAGAGCGGUGGUGGUGGACGGUGGUGACGAGGAGGAGCAGGUUAAAGUGGUGAUAUCACCGCCGGCACCACCGCCUGCGAGGAGUGAGUCUAUGGAGCUUGUGAUGAGUUUGUUGAAUGAGAAAGCGGCGGAGAAGCCGCCGGUUUCGAAGAGGUUUGGUCAGCGGAAAGCUCAGAAAGCGGCUUCGGAAGGGAAAGCCUUGAGGGUGUCGAAGCCGAAACGGCACGACACGUUGGAGUCGACGUGGAAGACGAUAACGGAGGGCCGUCCGAUGCCGUUAACACGUCAUCUGAAGAAAUCCGACACGUGGGAACAACGGGCUCAGAAAGAUCCAAAUGCCCCUCCCCCUCCUCUCCCCCACACGGUGAAGAAAUCCGACACUUUCAACGAGGGCCCCAAGGGAACGUCGCUGACUCGGUCUUCUGGCUCGGGGAAACUCAAGAAAGACCCCUCACUGAGUCAGGACGAGUUGAACCGCCGAGUGGAAGCGUUCAUUAAGAAGUUUAACGAGGAAAUGAGGUUGCAGAGGCAGGAGUCUUUGAACCAGUAUCAGGAGAUGAUUAGGAGAGGGGCCGAGUAGGAAUUUUAGUAAACUCAGAGGGUUACAAGUAAAAUUAUCUGUUUUUAUUUUACUUUUGCCUUUUUUUUUAGAGGGGUAAAUAGUUCCCGCUUUGUAAAAAAAGAGCGUUUUUUGUUUUUUUUAGUUUAAAAUUAUUAUUUUCCAAUGGAAAUGGCAUUGCUCUCUUAAAGAGAUUUGCCGAUUAAUAUAUAUCUGAAAUUAUUUCAAGAAUAAAUAACAAAAUGUAGUAUUAUUAUUGUU